GAGCUUUGUCUUGUCACCCACAUUUGCCAAAUCUUUUUUAAAUUCAAAUAAUUAAAUCUUCCUUCUUCUUCUAUUCUCCUCUCACACUUCAAAUAUUUUCAAAUAUCUCUUUCACAAGUUAAUUCCAAUUUACAAGCAAAACAUAUACAACCUUUAUCUUUAUAUAAGAUUAUAAUCAUCUUUUCUUUUCUUUUUUUUUUUUGUUUAUUUUUUAGCUAAUUCUUUUACUUCUGAAAAAGGGUAUCUAACAAAGCUUCUUCUUUUAUGGUUUCACUUGUUUUCUGCGCAUGUGAAAUUUGGGUGAAAGGUCACCUUCCUUGGCUCUUUCUAGUUUUCUAAAUUAAAAAGAUUCUCAUUUUCAUAAUUUUUCAUAAUUUUAGUAAUGGGUUUUCCUCAGUUAUUAAGAAAUCCAAUCCCAUCAAAAUUUAUAUGAGUUUAGCUCAUAUAAUUCAGUUUAAUGUGAAAAAGAAAAAUCUUGAGAUUUUUUUUUUCAUCUUUUUGGAGGGUAAAAAUGGCAACUUUUAGUGGUUUAGCAAUUGGUUUGAGUCUUCUUUUUGGAUUUGUGCUCAUAGCUUCUGUUGGAGAGGUUUAUUAUCUUCUAUAUUGGAAAAAGAAAAGAGAAGUUGAUCAAGAUAUUGAAAAACAAGAUUCAUCUUCUUCCAAUUGUACCCCUACUCAUCUUUCUUGUUUCAAGAACCUUAUUUCUUCAAGAAACUCAAAAGCCCAUGAACAAGAUUUGCAAAAAUGUGUAGAUGAAGAUGAAAAUCAAGAAAAAGAACAAGAACCCAUUGAAAAAGAUUUACAAACAAAGUGUUUUGAACAAGAAAGUUUGGAUGUUGAACUCAUGAGGCUUCACAACUUAUGUGGGCCACCAAGGUUUCUAUUCACAAUCAAUGAAGAAACAAAGGAGGAUUUGGAAACUGAGAGUAGAAAGGGUGGGACAAGAAUGAGUUUGAGUGAGCUUCUUUGCAUACCAGAAACUCCAAACUCUUCAUCAUCACCUUUGAAGAACUCACAAGCUUCUAACUUAGAAGGUUAUUUGAACCCAUUGUUUGAUUAUUAUUAUGAGUCUAAUGAAGUUGACUUUAACAAGGUUAGAUCUUCACCACCUCCCACAUUCAAGUUCUUGAGAGAUGCUGAGGAGAAGUUGUUGAAAAGAUUGAUGCAGUUAGAAGCAGAAAAAAGGGCAAGUUUGAAAAAGAAUCAAGAUUCAAAUGAUAAGGGCAAAAGUGAAGGUAGAAUUCAUCAUCAAAUGUCUACACCUUCACAGGUACUUCCAUUGGCUUCUUCUCCAUCAAAUUGAGGAUUUGCAUGAUGGUUUUUUUUUCUAGAUUUUUUUUUGUUUAUUUUUAUUUUUUCUGUAAUAUAUGAAUUUAAUGGAGAUGAUUAGCACUUUUUUUUUUUUUUUGUUAUUUGUUCAAACAAUCAAUCAUUGAAGCAUAGAGUUUAACUUUAAA